UUCAUUAGCUUGCUAAUAUCAGUACAGCGACGUUAGCUCCGCUAACUCUCUCUAUAACUAUAUUUAGACUUCAAGACACAAUAAUGUCGAGAAAGAGACAAAAAGGCAAACCAGAAAAGGCAAAUGCUGAAGAUGAGACCUCGAAAAAUACAGUACCGACUCCAGAUGAAAAAUUGUCUGCUCAGACCUUUGAUGAAUAUCAGUGCUCAGGCAAUGUGGAGGUCGACUUCCCUUUGCUUUGUGCUCUUCUGGACAUGAAGGAUAUCCCAACUGUCAGCACCAAGCAACCAGCCUCCCUCACCACUGAAACUGAAGGAGGGGACACAGAGGACAGCCCAUCUCAUAUAAAUGCUGCACCUUCCUGGCCUAAGCCAUGUCUCCAAGUGGAGCUGGAGAAUGAAGAUCCCCUCAGCGCCAAGAACCUGAAGCUUUCUGGGUGGAAGGUAGACGAGCGGAUUGCCAGAGUGCUACAGAAGAUGCUUCUCUCCUUGAGCCAGCUACAGAGCCUUUAUUUUUGGCAGGCGGGACUGACGGAUCAAAUGUUAAUCUCCCUCAUGAACCCAAUAUCACUGUGCUCCAACCUCAGAGCUGUGACAUUGGAGGGGAACCAUCUUCCAGAGCGGAGCUACCAACUUCUUCUCUCUGAAGACAGCGUACUCGCCCACUUGUCCCUGCGAAAUAACCAGAUGGGAGCCGAGGGCGCUCGUGUAAUUGGGUCGGCUCUCUCAACAACCAGAUCUGCUAACAGGAACCUCUUGUCCCUCAACCUGGCAUUCAAUGCUAUCGGUGAUGCAGGGGCUACACAUAUCGCACAGGGCCUGCGGUUGAAUCGUGCUUUGCUAUUUCUCUCACUGUCCAACAAUCAGAUUGGAGACUCAGGAGCUGCUCAUCUGUCUGCGAUACUAUGUGAGUUUGCUCUCACUCAUGAAGAAGUUGUGGAGAGGAGAAAGAUGCUUCUAAGUGCUUCUGCUGACCAGCUUCGCUCAGUAGCCAGCAGCAGUUCCCUGAGUUCCAUCAAAGAGGAGAACAAAGCUAAAAAGCAGAUAACAUCCAAAAAAGACAAUAAACCAGCCAACAAAGAUAACCUGAAGUCUAACAAGAAAUCUUCUGAUAUAAAGGUGCCUCUAAGUCAGUGUAAAUGUGGCAAGCAGGGCGGCAAAGAGAAGCAACUAUCUGCACAGGAGGAUAAAUCAAGUAAUGCCCUAAAUGAGCACGGAGAGUCGGUGGAGAUAGUGAACCCCCUGCUGGAUCAGUCGGUGCAGCACAGGGACGGGGAGCUUAUUCUGCCUGGAAACACGACUCUCUCCUCCCUCAACCUGGCAGGAAACAGAAUUACAGAGAAGUCGCUGCCUCUGUUUCUGACAUCACUAGAGAUGCAGGAUGAGGGAGGAGGCCUGCUGCGUCUCUGUCUUGAGAGAAACCGCUUCCCACCGGAGUGUGAGUGUUAUGUGAAGAUAAAGGAACUGAUGACACUUGCAGAUCCACUGAAGAAACCCAGCUCUGAACAGACAGAAGAGGAGGAACAGGGAGCAUAGUGCUGAGAGAACUCAUCUAGCACAUACGUAUACUAUAUACUCUUUAUUUGGCAAAUAACAAUAAAGAUACUUUGUCCUCUGCUGUGAGAUGAACAAUUAACAAAUGGAGGUAAUAACAGUAGCAGUCUGGUGGGACAUAAAGAGGCGGUGCCUGAGCAGGAGGACAAUGUGGAACAUUAAAAUCCAGAUGCUUUUCCUCGGACUCUAAUCACAAACCUGUUUACAGAUCCGUUUUACUGCUUUGUUUUGCUCACAGUGGAAUUUACACCAAGGUCAAAGACUGAGAACAGCAACAUACCAAGUGCUUAAUAUAAACAAACUGUUGCUAUCAUAUCUCAUCAGUUAUCAGCCCGUGUGAUGGUUAACACUUGCUGAUUUAUCUUCCACAGACUGCACAAGUUUUAAACUUUCGCUGGUGUUUUAAGCAUGUGUGUGCCAAAGGUUGUUUGUACAUGUUUGUACUGUGUUUUCCAUAUGAAGUUCCCUCUUUGUGUUUCCACUGGGUUUCACUGCUGAGCUUCAGCUCAACUGUAAAGAUAAUUAUUGCUUAUUAUAUAUGCUCGGGGCCCUGAAGUGCCACCAGGGGGCUCUCAAAGGAAAUUAAAAUAAAAUUACUUUUUCAUGUU